AAAUUUGAAUGUGUGGAUACAUGUGUACACAUAAUAUAUAUCUAAUUGAGCCCCUAAAUUUGAAGCCCUAAUAAAUCUUUCUUGAUUUCGCUAUUUGAAAACUCAAAACCCUAGAUUGAAUCGUCCCCUUAUUGUGCGUUGUUUAAUCUGAAAUUUGAAUUGAAUUGUAAUAAGGAUGAACAGCAGGAAAGUGGAGGAGCGAAAUGAAAAGAUUAUAAGGGGUUUGAUGAAGCUUCCUCCUAAUCGAAGAUGCAUCAACUGCAACAGCUUGGGACCUCAAUACGUGUGCACGAAUUUUUGGACGUUCGUUUGCAUGACAUGUAGUGGGAUACACCGUGAGUUUACUCACCGUGUUAAAUCCGUGUCAAUGUCUAAGUUUACUUCACAAGAAGUUGAAGCCCUUCAAGAAGGCGGUAAUCAGCGUGCAAGGGAAACGUUUCUUAGAGAUUGGGACCCACGAGAACAUAGACUUCCAGAUAACAGCAAUGUGGACAAAGUUCGAGAUUUUAUAAAGAGUGUCUAUGUGGAUAAGAAGUUUUUCGCUUCAAAGGCGUCCGGAAAACCUCCUAGAGAUACAUUGAACCAUAGAAUUCAUGAGGAUGAAACUAGACGAGCCAGUUCAUAUCAUUCAUACUCUCAGAGUCCACCAUAUGACUAUCAAUACGAAGAACGCCGUUACGGAAAACAAGCUCCCGCACUUACUAAAAAACCUGGAUCAGACAGAGGAAUGUUGCGGAUUCUUAGUACAAGUCGGUUAAGCGAUCAUGUGCGGGAAGACAGGUUUGCAAAUGAGGUGGCUAGUGCUAGGGUUUCGGAUUAUUCAGUGACUAACGGAGGUGAUUUAUUUAGAUCCGAUACGCAAUCGCCUCCCUCUUUGUCACAUUCAUCGGGAUCUGGAAAAUUUGACAGUUUGGACCUUUUUAAUGCACAAGAUCUGCCUCAAUCCGCCACAUCAGCACCUUUUUCUGAACCUGCGAAGUUUGAUGGUUUGGACCUUUUUAGUGCACCAAAUGUGCCUCACACUGCCACAUCAGCACCUUUUGCUGAACCUGGAAAGUUUGAUAAUUUGGACCUUUUUAGUGCUCCGAAUGCACCUCAAUCUGCCACAUCAGCACCUUUAGCUGAACCUGCAAAGUUUGAUGGCUUAGACCUUUUUAGUGCACCAAAUGCGCCUCAAUCCGCCACAUCAGCAGCACCUUUUGCUGAACCUGGAAAGUUUGAUGGUUUGGACCUUUUCAGUGCACCAAAUCCACCUCAAUCCGCCACGUCAGCACCUUUAGCUGAACCUGCAAAGUUUGAUGGUCUGGACCUUUUCAGUGCACCAAAUCCACCUCAAUCCGCCACGUCAGCACCUUCUGCUGAACCCGGAAAGUCUGAUGGUCUGGACCUAUUUGAGUUAUUGGCCACAUCUUCAGCUUCUAUAACGCCAACUUUGAGUGUGAAUCAGGAGUUCAAAGCUUUUGAACCUUCUUUGGAUUUAUUUACCGUUACACCACCGCAGCAGUCGGCCGAAACUGUAAACGAUAAACCCACGGAUACGAUUACUCAUAAAAACGAAGGGUGGGCGAACUUUGACACGCCUUGGCAAGCACAACCGAGUCAACAAGAUAUUGGUGUCAGUGUACCGUCAUCGUUAAUGUCGUGGAAUGGAGGUGUUCACGAUAUUGGGGCUCCGGUAAAUGUAAAGAAUAAUAAUCAGCAGUCGUGGAGUUCGUUUGAAGAAUCCACCACAGCCUUUGAGAACAUUUAUACAAAGAAUAGUGAACACGUUUCCGUACAAGAUCCUUUAGUUGCUGAUCCAUAUUUGGCAUGGGGAUUAUCAGAGGAUGGAGCACAAUCACAUGGACGUGAUACAAAAUCAUUCAAUCCAUUUGAUUUGCCUAGUGAGGCUGAUCAUGAAUUUAGCAACACGUCGUUUGACAUGAGCUAUAUGCAAUCGGCUUUGCCGAACCAUAAUAUGUCAUCACCUUGGUCUUCUGAAAGUGCAGCAAUACCAUUUACUCCCGCUGAUUCACAAGAUGCCUUGGUAUUCGUGUCAGGGCAAGCAACAAGCAUGCAGAUCCCGAGUAUUCAAGCUCAGGGCCCUGUAGCUUCAAUUGGCGGGAAUCCUUUUGCGUAGGUUUUGUAGCUUUGUCGGUGGGAAUCUGUUUGGUAGGACCGAUUAUUCUUUUGUGGAUAGGAUCUAACAUGAUAAGUUACAUUGUUAUUCACUGUAUUCCUUGUAAAAUAAGCUCUGUUUGCGUUGUGUCGGGUAUCCUAUAUUUCUGUGGUUACUUGUUUAUGCAGUUCGAUGCGUUCUGUGUAUAGUCAGUGCAAGUUUAUGCAAAAAGAUUGUGUUUCGUUGA